AUGUCAGAUCAACAAUCCAAGUAUCCAACUAUCGAAGGUGGUGGUUCACUAGUGGUAGCCUACCGCAUUGCCAACAAAAGAGUUCUCAUUGUCGGUGGUGGCAAUGUGGCAGCACAACGAAUUGCUUCAACAAGGAUCGCGGAUGCCCAGGUUACGGUGGUUGCUCCAGCUGAAGGACUCAACGACGAGGUGCGUUUCCGCAUUGAGAACAAGGAGGUUGACUGGAUCGAUCGUGCGUUUGUGGAUAAGGAUUUGGACAAUGUGGACAUGGUAUUGACAGCACUUGACGAUCACGACGAGUCUUUGCGUAUCGGCCACUUGUGUCGAGAACGACGUAUUCCUGUUAACGUUGCCGAUGUACCACCCAUGUGCGACUUUUAUUUUAUGAGCCAACAUCGAGAUGGACCUGUUCAGAUUGCCGUAUCAACCAAUGGUCAAGGACCCAAGCUUGCCAACAUGAUCCGCACCACUGUAGCUCAAGCCUUGCCAUCCAACAUUGGUGACAUUGUACGACACAUGGGUGUAUUACGAGCCAAGGUGCGAGAAUGGGAACCUGCUAUUGAGAACUCUGGCAAGCGGAUGGGAUGGGUCACUCGCUUUUGUGAAAAAUGGGGCAUGACCAAUAUGGCGCGAUUGACAACAGCCGAUGAUCAAGAUGCUCUUUAUGAAAAGUUACGCCGCUACUUCGAGAACAAUGAGAUUCCUGCUGUUCACGACAUUUUCACUACUCAACCAAGUAUCGCAUUAUUGGGUGCAGGUCCUGGGGAUCCCGAACUUAUUACUGUCAAAGCCGCACGCUAUCUUAAGGAAGCAGACUUGGUGGUCAGUGAUCGUCUUAUCCCUCAACCUAUGUUGGAUAUGGUACAAGGUGAACUUCGUAUUGCCCGAAAGACAGCUGGUAAAUCGGAUCCUGCGCAAGAUGAGCUACUUGAAUGGUGUAUGGAAGGAUUGAAAAAAGGUCAACGCGUGGUGCGUCUCAAGAUUGGUGAUCCAUUAGUAUUUGGUCGUGGUGGUGAAGAGAUCUUAUGGUUCCGUGAAAGAGGAUAUGAGCCUGAACUCGUUGCUGGUAUUUCAAGUGCAUUUUCGGCUCCAAUGGCUGCUGGUAUCCCUGUUACAAUGAGAGGCAUUACCGAUCAAGUGAUUAUUACUACUGGCCGUGGCACAAAGGGUGCAAUGCCUGAUUUACCUGAAUAUGGUGCAUCUCGAACGCUGGUCGUUUUGAUGGCUGUGGGAAGAGCGGCUGAUCUCUGCAAGAUAUUAAUCAAUGACAAACACUAUCCACCUGAAUGCCCCGUAUGCUGGAUCGAGAAUGCAAAUUGUCCACAAGAACGUGUCGUCUUGGGUACCGUUGCCAAUAUGGCUACUCUCGUUGAAGAACAAUCCAUCGUGGCUCCUGCUGUCCUUGUUGUUGGUAAUAGUGUACGAGCACUUGAAAAAUAA